AUGGCGGAGGCAUUGUAUAGCGCCUUUGCAGAGGUCCUGGCAGCCAGUCAGUCGGUGAAGGACGACUUGGACGCGCUACUGGACAAAGACAACGGCUUUGCACCUCGGUUACGCCAAAUCUGUCAAGACCAGAUUACAGACUUUGAAGAAACCCGAGCCCCACAGGAAGACAUCGAGUUACUGCGAUUAGAAGCUAACACAUGGGGUCUCUUACAACUGGUCAUGCCGCCUCGAAAGAUCGAACCUCUCCCGACGACUUCAGCGCGCGACUUGGUUGCUCAAAAUCCGUAUACGCCACCUUCGACAUUGGCGCAAGCCAUCAUGGACUCCUCGCCCCUCCUUUCCGAACUCGUCGUCGUCAGAGAAUGGCUCCAAGAUACCGCACCGAAUCCGCCCCACCCAGAAGCGAACACUGGCUAUUGGAAGUUUACAAAACAUAAUGUGCUGCAGGGCUUGAGGACGACGAACACGUAUCGCGAUGGGCUGGUGAAGGAGUUGGAUCCUGAUGCGCCGAAUAGGGAGGAGGGGAGGAGUUUGGCUGCGGAUGAUGCCAGCUAUGAACGGAGUCUCCUUCAAGCUUUGUACUGCUGCGUACGUGCAGGCCGACUUGACGAAGCAGUAGACAUUUGUCGGAAAGCCCAUCAACCAUGGCGCGCUGCAAGUAUUCUGGGAGCCCAGUUAUUCCGGUGGCCCGCCAUUUCACUGGAACCAAAAGAAGACGACGCGAUGGUGGAAGACGAGGAAGAAGUCUGGUCUGGCAACAAGCGUCGCAAACUAUGGAAAGACACCUGCACCCACGCAGCUCUGAAUACCUCACUCUCAGACCAAGAACGCAUCCUCUACGCCGCCCUCGCUCCCUCUCCAGCAACCGCCACCAUCCUCAAAGCAGCCUGUAAAACCUGGGAAGACCACCUCUGGGUCCAAACCAGCAUCAUCUGCGAAGAAAAAGCCAGCUUGGAAUUGGGAAGGAUAGGUGGGAGUUUCUGGGAGAGUGAAGAUGGAGUUGAAGCUGUAGAGAGAGGCGUCCGAGAUAUUUCUCGAGCCGAGUUGGAGAAGGAGCAAGAGGAUUGGGAGAGGGAGGUUGUAGAGAGUUUGGAAACUUUGAAGGAUGUUGCUGUUGUUGAAGGUCCAGGCGCAGAACACGCAUACCACUUCUCCCAACUACAUAUCAUCCUCGACAGGACAGACGCCCUACUCAAUUCAUUCGCAGGCGGGCUAGCCGAAGAACAAUUCCCCAAACACACCUUCGAAUACGCCCAACUAUGCCGAUUCUUCGCUCACUUCUGUCUUUUCCUCCAACUGAUCGAUAUCCCGACACCGCCGUUGGCGACUCAGACUAUUCUGGAGUCCUACCUCCAGGUUUUGGAAGAAGCGGGGCAGAGGGAGUUGAUCGCGAUGUACGCUGGUGCGUUGGGUGAUAAUGCUGUGGAGCGGUACGCGUUGUUCUUGGUCUCGUUGGCGCUUACGGCGGAUAUUGGCGAGCGGAGACUGGCGCUCACGCGUGCGAGGGAUCAUGGAUUGGAUAUGGACCGCGUGGCGAUCGUCACCGCCGAACGAACCAUCGAGCGUGCAUUCGAGCUCCUCCCCGAACCCCGCGGCAAACUCCCCUCCAUCAUCGCGCUCCAACCGACCGCCACCGACCCGGAACUCUUCCUCCUCCGCUCAAUCGAAUGGACGACCUUCUCCGACACGACCUACCCCGUCGCGCUCGAGCAAACCAACGUCAUCCUCCGCUACCUGCUCGGCAUGGGCCGCGUGCAGGUUGCACAAUCUUUAUUGGAUUUGCUGCCGGCCGAGUUGGCUGAUAUCAGUGAGCCGGAGGAUAGGGCGACCGAAUAUUUGCAUUAUAGGCAGUUUUUUGUUAUUUGGGAGAGUGUUGGACGGGUUGUGGAGUGUCAGAGUCGGGAUUUGCCUGGGAUGAGUAAGGAUGCGAAGGGGGUGUGGGUUAAUGAGUAUAGGAAUCUCAUCGAUACGGUGUACGACCAGAUUGUGCAGCUGCUUACUACCGAGUGGUUGGUCGUUGAGACGGAACACUAUGGAGCCGACCGAAGAACCCGCGAGCUCAUUCGAAUCCGCCAAAUCUACAUCCCAGAACUCAUCAUCCGGCUCCACUUCCUCCUCUUCGAAUCACGACACUAUUUCCCAGAUAACCUCAAACGCGCUCUGCAACUAGCCAAUAUCGUCGCGGACUCGCGGUACAAGUUGCACGAAGACUUUGUUAAUGAGGAUGGAAGGAGGUUGGGAGAGUAUUUAGGUGCGGUAAGGAGGGCGUUUAUUGGAGCGUUGGAGAAGGGGGGUUCGGAUCCCUUUAGGAGUGUUUCGUCUAUGCUGGUAGGACUCGACAUUCGAGUUCAAGGAAAGACUGUGACGAAUCCUCCGGUGUGCCUUGAUCAGCUUACGGACCGAAACUCUAGCCACUGGUCUUUGCCUGUGCAAGGCUCAAAAGCCAAGUCAAUUGGUGACAAACCUGGAAUCUAG